AUGCUCUCGUCAGCCCGUUUUCUGCGUGUUCUCGUCGUCGGCUCACUGGUAGCGACCGCGUGUGCCGCGGACGCUGAUAAAGUUGUGUUCCAGUUUCCGGAGUACGAUUACAAGGAAACCAGCAAGAAUGAAAUCACCUUCCGAGAGUUUGAAUCGGCCUGCGACCAACGGUGUGCCGGAUUCGAUGGAAUCGAGCGAACGAGAUGCGUCCGGGAGUGUGUGUCACCGUCCUGCUAUCAGGAGAUUUAUAAAUUCGAUGAGCUCGAGGAAGGAGAAAUCGAUGUGCGACUGAACUCGUUCCGUGCCUGCUUCAUGCAACGCCUGCAUCGGAACCGAGGCUAGGACCAGGGACACUCGCCGGCCGGAUAGAACAGAAACAGUAUUCAAAAUUCAACGUUGGUCUCAAUCAGUAAUGAUGGUUCACUUAGUUCAGUAUUCAAUCAAGUUGUGAAAGAAUCAAUCAAUUCGUUUUGUUUUUUUUCUCAAUAAAUAGUCACCGCAACGGUCAGUAUUCGGAUGUAGAUU